AUGUCCCAUGGCACUGAUACUUGUGCCCAAUCACUGAAGGAUGUCAUUGAUGCAAUGUUUUCUACACAUGGGUUGAGUAUAUCUAGUCUGAGAGGUCGAGGCUAUGAUGGAGCAAAUAAUAUGUCAGGUGAGUUUAAUGGGUUGAAAGCUUUAAUUCUUAGAGAGAACCCACGUGCUAUGUAUGUUCAUUGUUUCGCUCACCAGCUUCAGUUGGCAAUUGUAUAUGUGGCACGUAGGAAUUGUAUGGUUGGUGAUUUUUUGGACGUACUUGUUAUUAUUGUGAAUUUGGUUGGUGCAUCAUGUAAGCGUGUAGAUGCUCUUCGAGCAAGUUAUCAAGCUAAUAUUCUGGAGAAACUUAAUACUGGGAAACUUACUGGUGAAAGUGGCCAGUUUCAAGAAAUGAGUUUGGCACGCCCAGGUGAUACUAGAUGGCAUACAUUCAGAUCAAAAAUCUUCGGCCUUAAGACAGAUGAACAAUAUAUGACCUUUCACAAGCCUUACAGAAAAGGAUUAGGAUAUUCAGAAUGCUAUGAGAACUUGAGAGAGAAUGGUUGGGUUACUUUGUUCAGUAGGGUGAUUGAGUCUUGUGUUGAUAGACAUAUUUUAGUGCCUAAUAUGGAGGAUAUUGUAGUAGUGAAAGGUCAACCUAGGCGUUUAGCUCAGCAGGUGACUUAUUUUCAUCGCUUUUAUGUUGAUUUGUAUUGUCAUAUGAUAGAAUCAAUCUUGCAAGAGUUGAAUAAUCGAUUUCCAGAAACAACUACUGAGCUCUUUACUUACAUUUCAUGUUUAAGUCCAAAAGAUUCAUUUGCAGCUUUUGAUAAGGAUAAAUUGCUACGUCUUGCUCAGUUAUCCUUUGGACUUCAAUAG